AUGAUUUUGACAAAGAUAAAGAUACGAAAUGUAUCACAUAUCCCACUUUAUCAGAUCAGAUUGUUAAGUCAAUCAUCAAUAUUAUUUCAAUACCAAUUACCAUCAGAUUAUAAACCCCAGAAGAAACAAAUCAAAUCAAUUUCAUUAAAGCGAGGAUGGAGAAUUUGGAAACAAUCAUUGAAAGCUGAUAGAUUGCAACAAUUACAAGAUGAAUUGGUGGAUUUGAUGAUCAAUAAGAAUGAUCCUUUGAAUGCCAAUAUUAAACGAGAAAAUGCUGUCGUGAAACUCAACAAUGAAGGUCAAGAUCAUAUUAAUGAGAUUAAUUUUGAAAUCAUUAAUCAUGAAUCAUACCCUAUGAAACAUAUUGUAUUCAUUCAUGGAUAUGGAGCAUCACUUGGAUGUUUUGCUCGGAAUUUCCAAUUGAUUAAUAAAUUCCAAAACAAGUCCAAAUAUAAUUAUAAAGUUCAUUUCUUAGAUAAUAUAACGUUUGGAUUAUCAUCAAAUCCUCAGAUAAAAUCAACUAAAGUCAAAGGUAUCAAUAAUUGGAUAAUUCCAAAAUGUCCUGACAUAAAGGUAAAACAAGGAGAGGAUGAGAAAUUGUAUCACAAGUAUUAUAAGUUGGUUGAACAAUAUAAAAUCAAUGGUCCUGAGUUUGAAAAUUAUCAAACCACAUUUAAACCCAUUUUAUCAGAAUUAGAAGAUUUCUAUACUUCAGCCAUUGAUAAUUGGAGAAUUAGUCAAGGGAUCGAUCAAAUUGAUUAUCUUGUGGGUCAUUCAUUUGGAGGAUAUUGGUCUGGAUCAUAUUCCUUAAGAUAUCCGACUAAAUUAAAGAAUUUGAUAUUGUUAUCCCCAGUCGGAGUUGAAAGACAUGUUCAUGCCGUUACUAAUGAUUUGAUUGAUUCAAAUCAACCUGAACAAACUUUCAAACCUACUAUUAAUCCUGUAUCAUAUAAUUUCUUAACUCGAUUACCGAUUUUAUCAGCUAAACAUACAUUUGAAUGGUAUUAUAAAACGCCAUUUUUACCAAGAGUAUUAAAAUAUUUGGGACCAAUUGGAGUUCAAAUUUAUUUUCAAAUGUGGUUAAGUAAAUUAUUUAAGAUUAAUAAAAUUAUUAAUAAAUUUGGUGGACCUGAAAAAUUAUUUUCCAAUAAUAAUGAUUUAGUAUAUGGACGUAAGAAAGAAUGUUUUUUAAUUAUAGAAUAUCUUUAUAAUUCAAUUACUAGAGGGUCAAAUAGUGAUAUUUAUAUUAAGAAUCUUUUAACUCCAGCAACGGUUAGUAAGUAUCCAUUAUAUGAUAAGUUUGAAAAUUUCCUUAUUAAAGAUGGUAAACAAUUUGAUUUUAAUGUUAGUAUUGUAUAUGGCCAAUAUGAUUUUAUGAAUAGUGAAGCAGGUCAGAAAUUAGUGGAGAUGAUAAGAUAUGAGAAUGGAGAGAAAAGUGAUGUCAAAUUCUUUAAGAUUGCCGAAGGAGGUCAUAAUUUAUAUAUAGAUAAUCCGUUUGACACCAAUCAGUUGAUCCAUGAUAUAGUAGAAGGAGAAACGGAAAUCCAUGAAAGGGUGUCCGAAGUGUAUAGACGCUAG